GCUGCUAUUGCGAAGAACGAGAAAGUGUCCAAUGAAACUGUGGAGGUUUAUUUUAGCAGCAUCUGUGGUGGCUCUCGUAUGUGCAGAUGAAACUGAUGAAAUAUGGGAGGCCUAUCAGCUUAUCCCAAAUGCAGCCAAACUAAACGCCUCCAAAUUCAUGAAGCGCGUUAUAGGGUUGGAAAAAAUCAUCGGCGGUCAUUCGGUGGAUGUUAGAAGUUUUCCCUAUCAACUGUCGUUAAGAAGCAACAGUUAUCACAUUUGCGGUGCAUCUGUGAUCUCCCGUGAUUGGGCUCUAACAGCCGCACAUUGCGUUGCUUCACAGAAGAACCUUUCUGCCAUUUCACUUCGAGCUGGGAGCAGCGACCGGUCGUUCGGCGGCACUAUCUACAACGUUUCCCAAAUAGCCGUUCAUCCUCAGUAUAACCCGCUGUUGUUCGAUCAUGAUGUUGCCUUGUUACGAGUUUCGGGACCUUUCAAAAGUACUGAUGUGAAAUCAAUUCUCAUUGCAUCCGAAGGAUAUGAGCCACUUGAAGGACUGCGAAGCAUGGUAACCGGUUGGGGAAGAAUGCAAAGUAAUGAUCGACUGCCAGACCUAUUACAUGCUGUAGAUAUUCCUAUAAUUUCGAGAGAAGAGUGCGGUCGCUUCUGGGGCGAGUCACUCGUUACUAAUAAGUUUCUUAUUCUUGAUAGUAUGAUUUGCGCUGGUCAGGCAGGGCGUGACUCUUGUAAUGGUGAUAGCGGUGGACCAUUGGUUACCGGUGGUCGACAAAUUGGAGUUGUGUCCUGGGGAUCAACCGACUGCGGAGGACCACUUCCUGCUGUUUAUACUAAUUUAGGACGAGAUACUGUGAGACGAUUUAUUUUUAAGGUAGCUGGUAUCUGAAUAAAUAAUUGUUUUUAUUUUAAA